UUAUAAUCUCUCUAAGUCUGAACUUCGGAGACAGUAGACAGCAAAACGGUUUAGUGUGCAUACAGGCACCAUGUUUGGGAAACAAACAUUGGUAGCAGGUUGUUUAGCUAUUGAUGGAGCUCCACGUUUUUUAACAAAACAACAGCUUAACGAAAUAAUACAAAAGAACGCUCCAAAGGCAAACGUUUUGAAAUAUGAGUUUCAGGAGAGUGGUUUUUCAAAGCAAUGGAUUCUCUGGCUAGACUCAUCGGAAAGUGUUGAACACUUAUGUGACGAAAUUCAGGAAGAAGAGAUAUCUAUAUGUAAUGAAAGAUAUACCAUAACUUACCACAAAUGUGACCAGUCUUGUGUUCCUGAAAACUGGUUGAAGGAAGAGAAGGCUGCUACCAUAAAAUCACAGCCGGAUGAUGGACUACAGCAGUCAGAUGAUACAGGUGCAUCUUGGGGACCAAAUUCAUUUAAAAAUACAUUUGAAGAAGAUCCUGAUAUUCCACUCCGAUGUCAGGCAGGUAAAAUUAAAUUGUCCAAUCUACCAGAAGAUACAGAUGAAGAAUAUCUGGAAAUGUAUUUUGAGCAAAAGUUUGGCAGUGAUACAAAGACCAUAUCGAUAGAAUUAAUUGAAAAUGGCACGGCAGCCAUAAUAGAAUUUGAAAAACAAGAAGUAAAUGAGAUGCUUAUAAAAAGGCAACCAAUUGAUAUGGAAGAUCAGAAGGUUUAUGUUGAAUUGUUUGUAACACAGCAGCUGAAAGAGGAUGAACCGAAAACAAUAGAAGUGACAUCAGAACCCGGUGUUAUCACAGAGAAAAGUAUAAGGACAAUUAAAAUGUACUUUAGCAACAAAGGGCGUUCCGAUGGAGGCAAUAUAGCCGAAUUCACAUUGUCAGAAGAAACUGAAACUAUUACAAUCACAUUUGAAUCGGCAGAAACGGCCAAAACAGUGGCGGCAAGACAUGAUCAUAAAUACAGAGAGAACCUACUCAAUGUAGUUCUGCUGGAUGCUGACUUGCUCCGAAAAAGGAGAGAAGCCGACGCUAAACGAAAAAAAUCUAAGGCUAUCAUCAUUACAAAUUUACCAAAUGGAGUUGAUAAAUCGACGCUGGAACUGGUUUUCGAAGAUGCUGAAACUUUUGGAGAGGAAUUCCAUGUUGUAAAUGUUGAAUUAGAUCCAGACACGAACACAGCUAUUGUAGAAUUUGAAAAUUCUGAAGCCGUGGAAACAGUCGUACAGAAAAAAGAAGUAGACAUUGAAGGACAAAAAGUACAUAUCGAAGUGAAACAGGAUCACAUACAAGAAGAACCUUGUACUGUAGAAGUGAGAGGACCGCUUGACUGUAUAAAGGAAAAAACAUUGAAACUGUAUUUUAACAACAAAAGACGCUCAGGGGGUGAAAAUGUCACUGAAUGUCGUCUGACUGAGCCUGGUGUAGCUGAAGUUACAUUUGAAACGAGCGAAAUUGCUAAACAAGUGGCAGAGAAGGAUGAUCACAAAUUGAAGUCACAACACAUUCAGGUUGCUCUUAAACCAAUGAAAAUACCCGAAACCACUCCUCCGGUCAAGUCAAAUAAGCUACUCAUUUCAGGCGUGAAUGCAGCAGUAAGAGAAAUACUUGCCUUGCACUUGGAAGAUAUGUUUAAAGACGUGCAUGUCAUUGGAGAAUGUCCCGGAGAAGAAGACUCAACUGUUAUACUAGAGCUUAAUGGACCAAGCAGCGCUCAAACCAUUUUGAAAAGUCAACCUAUCUGUAUAGACGGACACACUCUAGACGUGAAGACAUAUAGAGAUGAACCAGACCGACUGUGCACAAUACAAGUUCAAGGACUUCCAAAUAUUGACAGGCAGUUAGAUGCAGUGACUUUAUACUUUAAAAACACUUCUCGGUCUGGGGGAGGGCCUGUUGUUAAAUGCACGUCUGACAAGGACAACAAUGUUGCUUACGUUACAUUUGAAACAGAAGAAGUUGCACAAAGUGUUGUCGGUAGACCUGAACAUUACUUAAAAGGUCAACUACUUGAUGUGUCACUGUACAAGCCGAAAGACAAAAGUGGAAAUGCGUGUAAAGAUUCAGCUCCAACAAAGAUAUUAAUUACUGGGCUUCCAAGUUCAGUUGACAAGGAAUUUCUGGAACUUUAUUUUGAGGGCUUUGAAUGUACAUGCGAAAUGCAAGUUGAAAGUGCUGAUAUAAAUCCCGAUGAAGCUACAGCAGUAGUACAGUUUCAUGACCAAGCAGCUGUGGAUUUCAUUCUACGAAGUCAGAAUUUACAAAUGAAAGGACAAGCAAUCACAGUUCAAGUUUAUGAAGAAGAGAAAAAGGAUUUCUGCACAAUUGAAGUACAUGGACCGUCCAACAUUGAAUCUGAUUCCGACAAGUUGCUACUUUAUUUCAAAAAUAAGAGACGCUCUGAUGGCGGUGUGAUAGUAAAUAGUUCUGUUGAUACUGGGAAGAAUGUUGCAUAUAUAACUUUUGAGGACCAGGAAGUCGCAAAGAGAGUAGUAGCAAAAGAUCACAGUAAUCUAGGGUUAGAAGUAAUGCUAGUGACAGACCAAUCAACAUGUGAUAGCUCUACGGAUCAAAAUGUCAGUACCGUGAAAGUUAGAGGUGUUCAAAAGACAGUAACAAAAGAAACCCUUACAUACUUUUUUGAAAGUGAAAGACGAGGAGGACCAAUUGAAUCAAUAUGGAGUGACGACGAAGACAAAAACGUUGUGUUUAUCAAAUUUUCAAAGUCUGGAGAUGCACGUAAAGUUGUUGACAGAAGCCAUGAAAUUCAGGAAUGCACUUUACAAGCUAGCCUGUACUUUCCUCCGCCAUGUUAUGAUAAUAAAGUACUGAUCAAAGGUCUACAAAGUACUAAAGAUGCUUUAUUCCUAUUCUUGGAAGCAACUGCGAAUGCAGAGCCUAUAAGUAUUGAUUACCAUGAAGAGGAGGAGAGUACUGUUUUAGUGACAAUGAAAAAUACCAUAGAUUUUGAAAAACUUGAAAAGGCGUGCAAGGAAAGAACUUUAGAAGGAACAAGACUCAAAGUUUCAAAGGUACAAGUAUCCAACUGCAUUUUCGUCUCAAACCUUGCACCAGAGGUUACAAAAGAUACAAUACAGUACUAUUUUGAGAACAAAAAGAAAUCUGGAGGAGGUGAUGUUGAAAAAGUGUUGAUGAAUGAAGAUGAGGUUGAGCGUACAUGUUUGGUGUACUUUGAAGAUUACAAAGUAAUUGACAUCGUUCUUGACCGAAAACACACUCUCGGUGGCAAAGAGCUAGGAGUAAAAUGUUUCCAAACAGCACUUGGACGCCCUGAAGGGGAGACGGAAGAAAGGACAUUUAAAGUGCCACGUGAUUUUGAGAUAAAGGAUGCCGAUCCUCAUAAAGUCAAGUUUGUGGCUAAUUCACCCGAAUACCGUAAAAGUUUUGAGCAAGAGCUACUCAAGCAUUACACAAAAGUCAAAUGGCCGACUGAUACCGAUGCACAUAUGAAUGUACACCUUCAUUGUACGCUUACUAAAAAUGUAAAAGGGUGCUUCAAAAUCGCGAAAAGGUGGGAAAAAGAAGCUAAGUCUAUGUUUCCAAAACUUAUGGAUGCGAUCGUUCUCUAUCGUAUUGACGUUUUGCAAGACAUUAAACCAAAGGUGAUGGACUUCCUAAAAAACACUCAAAUAAGCGAACCAGCCAAUGUAGCUAUUGUCAUUGAAAAAGAGCAAAAGGUUAUUGUUAUCGUUGGUAAAAAAGCUGUUGCUGACGAUCUAAAACUGAAAAUAGAGGAUACAAUUAAGAAAAUAAUAGAUGAUGCUGAAAAAGAGAGGCAGAAAGUUACAGAAGUUUUUACAAAUUUAAUGCCGAUUGAGACAAAAAUGAUGGUGUUCGAAAAGCUUCAAGAGUCUCUGGAAAAAGAGUUUGGGGACAUAAAAGUACAAAUCAAGAUCGAGAAAAACGAAAUACAUCUUCAGGGUUUGAUAAGCAGCGUCCGAAACGCAAAACUUGCUAUCUAUGACAAGAAGAGCAAGUUCGUAAUUCAGCGUAUAGAUAAUAUCUCUAAACCCGUACUCUCAUUAUUGCGAUUAGAUAGAACAAGUUCUUCGCUACAACAGAAACUUCAAUCGGAUGGGAUACCAGCAGUCUGGGAAAUUUACACAACUGGAAUUGCAGUGUGCUGUGGUAAACCAGGCUGUUGUGAGAAAGCUGUCGAAGUUAUACGUACAUUUUUCCAAGAGGAUACUAUAUCGAUUGAAAGAGGUACUGUCCCAGAUUUAGAGACGGAGAAAUGGAAGAGUAAAGUUGAAGAAAUUCAUGCAAUGCAUCCAGGGAAAGUAGAAAUAGGUCUAAGCGAUGAUUUAACUAAAAUUCAUGUCUGUGGUACAGCUGAUAUUGAAAAGUCUGUUACAGAAGAAGUCCAGAGCUUUCUGCAAAUCAACACACUUAUUACAAAGAACGUAUCCAACUCAAGAGAAGCUAUUCGUUUCUUAGAAAAGAACUGUAAAGUGGAAAUAGACGAUAUUUCUAGAAAGCUUCAGCAAUAUUAUGUGAAAAUCAAAAGUCUAGAUCAGUACAGGGGAUUUGAAAUUAGAGGUCUACAAAAGGGUGUCCAAGAAGCAAACAUUCAACUUCAGAAGCUUAUGAACAAAAUUCAGCAAAAAAAACAUACAGUCUCAAAACCAGGAAUUGCAGAACAUAUUAGGUCACCGAAAGGAAAAGACAACAUCAACACAAUUGAAACGACAUUGUCAUGCGUAAUCGUCGUAGAAGGAGAUGAAGCUUAUAAGCAAAUGACCGACAAAGCUCAUGGAACUAGAACUCAUGCAAGCUGUAACGUAUUUCAAGGGACGACUAUAUAUGUCUGGCAAGGAGACAUGACAGAGCUUGAUGUAGGUGUACUUGUUAACCCGUCAGACAAAAACUUGGGAUUUUCAGGUGGUCUUGGAAAGGCUAUCAUUUCAAAAGGCGGACCUACUAUAAAACAUGAAUGUGAGAGCUUCAUAGAAUCACAUAAAAGUUUAGACGAUGGCGAAGUCUUCAUGAGUAGCGCAGGUGAUUUGAAAGCGGAGUAUAUUGCCCACAUAAAAAGUCAACAUUGGGACAUAGGAAAAGCUAUGGAUAAAGAUUUAGAGGCAACAGUCUGCAGUUGUCUACAAGAAACAUCAAAGCUACAGGAAAAAUCUGUUGCAAUACCAGCAAUAGGUUGUGGUUUAAAUGGGUUUCCAGUUGAAGUUGCCACGUCAAGCAUUGUCAAUGCAAUAAAAAGGAUGUUGAUGGAAUAUCAGGAUAGUUCGAUUUGUGAGGUGUAUCUCUGCGACAUGAAUGAAAAUAAUGUUCAAGCUUUUACUGAUGCACUGUGCAAGAUAUUCGGAAGAACAAACAUUGUGCUUCAUGAGGGUGGCGAAACUGUUAGAGCAGGUAGUAGCAGUGUUGACAAUUUAUCAGGAGCAAUGGGUGCGCGUCCGAAACGUGUUACAUCAUCAAGGCGACCUAAGAAUACAGACAGAAACGAGCUAUCACGAACGAUGCCAAUUCACCCUAAACAUGAGGGAAUUGCGGUUGGAAAUAUACUUGUGACUGUAGUAAAAGGAGAAAUUGCCAGACAAAAGGUGGAUGUGAUUGUGAACACGACAUCAAAAAAAUUAGACCUACGAAAUGGUGCAGUCUCACAAACGUUAUUAAAAACCGCUGGAAAGGAGUUACAAGACGAAGUAUAUGCUAAGUAUCCAAAAGGACUAGAAGGUAUUGAUGUAGCUGUGACCACCGGACAUAAACUGAAUUGUGAAUUUGUCAUUCACACCGCAUUAUCAAACUUUAAUGAUAAAAAACCAAAGGAGAGCAUAAAAGCACUCCACAAAUUAAUUAUGAACUGUUUAGAUGAGGCACAGCGACAUAAUUGUCAGAGCAUUGCCUUCCCAGCCAUUGGUACAGGCAGUCUAGGAUUUCCGCGUCAUGUUGUUGCAGAAGAGAUGUUCAAAGCAAUAACAAAAUUCCAGGCAAAGUAUUCCCAAUCACGUAUAAAAGAUGUCAGAUUUAUUGUGUACCAGAUGGACGGUCAAACCAUGACGGAGUUUAACGCAGAACAGUCCCGCUUGCAGAAAGAAGUACAAGCAAGGACAUUUUCAGGACAAUCAGGCCAAGAUGCUAGUUCUCUUGGAUACGACAUUGUGCAAGCAAAUUCCGACAAUAGCGAUACAUCUGGUAGUGGUAACUACACAUUCGGAAGUCUUACUGUCACAGUCAAACAGAGUGAUAUUACACAGGAGGAUGCUGACUGCAUCGUUAAUAGCACCAAUAUUGACCUGAAUCUUACCAGAGGUGAAGUGUCGAGGACAUUGAUGGAAAAAGGAGGAUUAGAACUUCAGGAAGAAAUAGAAAAUCACAAGAGUGACAUGAGAAAAUGUAAGAUAACUACAACUCUUGCACCUGGUUUACCAUGUAGAAAUAUAAUCCAUGUAGUAGCAGACUCUAAGGAUGUGACAAGCACUGUGAAAAAAUGUUUGAAAGAAGCUGAAAAUGAACGAAUGAAAAGUAUCGCACUGCCAGCAUUCGGAACAGGCAACAUAUUUUCAGGUACCAAAACAUUCAAUACAGACGCUGCUGCUGAAAUAGCUAAGAAUAUGGUGAAAGCCGUAAGGGAGUUUUCGAAAACGCAACCGAAAUAUUUGUUGGAGGUUAGAUUUGUUAUUUUGCAAAACGAGCUAUUACAAGAAUUCCUAAAGGCUUCACAGGCUGCUGGUGAUCAGAGCACUUGGUUUGGACACGUGUGGAAAGGAGUUAAAAAUGUUCUUGGCAUGGCCGCAUCUGGCGAUGAAAAAGGAGAUAGAGGAAGUAACGUUGAGCCAGAUUUUAAUUCUGUUACUUUUAUUGUGUUUGCUUUGAGUGAGGAUACAAUAAGAAAGGCUUUAAGGAAACUUGAAAACUCACUUGAAAAAGAAAUACAUACAAAAGUCAUCCCUGACCACACUAUUCGCCAACUUGAAGAUCACCAGGUUGAUGAAAUGAAUGGUAUAGCCAUCCAAUGUCAUGUCCAUAUUAGUAUAAAUAAAGACAAGGGUAUCGUUAAGCUCACUGGAAUGGCCGCAAAUGUCAUGAAUGCUGCGGAAAAGAUAAAUGCGUUACUUAGGGAUGCAGAGCGGAUGGAGUUGAUGAAGAAUAUUGCGCAGUGGUUCUAUAUUGAGGUUGCAGAAAAGGGCGAAACAGUGCACCCUUACGAAAAGGAUAUAAAUUUGACAAUAGAAAAUGCCUACCGACAACAAAAGGAUUCUGUUACAUAUUUAGUAGAUGGAAUUGACUACAUUCUUGACUUUGCAUCAAUGGAGGAGUAUCCUGAACACGAUACUACAGAUAGAGCAAAAGUCAUGCGGCGGGAUCUUGUUAAAGGAGGAACGUAUGAGGUACCUGCUCUCUGGGAUGACAUGCAAGGCGGAAAUUUGAGGGUUGUUUCUUUAAAGAGUGAUUCAAGCGAAUACAAAGGCAUUGAACAAAGGUUUCAAGAUUCUGCAAAACGGAAUGAAGGUUCCAAUGAACAGACAAAAGACUGGACUGUUGUGAAGAUCGAACGAAUACAAAACAAAUCACUAUGGGAACAGUAUCAGUCUAAAAAGAAACAACUUGAAGAUCAGAACCCACCGGGCACAAUUAAUGAGAGAGAGCUCUGGCAUGGUACGAGCGUUGAUCCUGUUGACAGCAUAAAUGCCCAUGGAUUUAAUCGAAGCUUUUGCGGGAAAAAUGGAACUGUGUUCGGUGAUGGAGUGUACUUCGCAAUACAUGCUUGGUAUUCAUGUCAGAAUAGAUACUCUAAACCAGACGCACAAGGAAUAAGAAGGAUGUACCUUUGCAAAGUUCUGGCCGGAGAAUAUGCUAAAGGAGAAGGAGGAAUGAGAGUACCACCACUGAAACCAAGCGGCGGACCAAAUGCGCGAUAUGACUCUGUUACAAAUGAUAUGAUUACUCCGCAAAUGUUUGUCAUAUUUCACGACACACAGGCAUGUCCGGAAUAUCUUAUUUAUUUCAAAGAGUAGAGUAGUGGUAACAAUUUGACAGUUCACCGAAGUAGAAAAUGCAUCUUUAAUUUGCAUUGCUACGUAUGAUUGUACUUUAGUUUUCAUUUCUCUUUGGUAGUCGCAUAUUGUAGAAAUGGUGUUAUGUUAUUAUUGACGCAAAUAUUUCAUUGUUUAAGAUUUGUACUACAUUUACAUUUAUUUUUUUCAUUAAUGUAUGUAUGUUUCUAUGUAAAUGUGUGUGCAAGAGAGUUUGUUAUGCAGAAUAGGCCAAUGGAGGUAAAGUAUUACGACUUAAAUAUUACUACAUGUCGAAAAUCAUACCGUGAAAAUUAUUUUUCCACUAGGCCACAUUUACCAAACAGUAGAAUGUAGGCAGAUUAUUUAUUUGUGCUUUAAAAAUGCGUGGCUGACCCUAGUUGAAAUAGUGCAUACCUGUUGGCUAAAUCUACACAGUAUUUAAUGCACAUGCGAAAAAUAAAAAUUUUCACCGUAGAGUUUAUCCACUGGAUAAGGGUUUGAGCAAGUCAUGUCACACAAGUUAAUACCUCUAUCAUGCGCACAAAUAUGUUAUAGUAUUUAAUAUUGUAUACUGGCAGGCUAAUUAGUUCAAAUAGUUAUAGUCUGAUUUGCAUGUUAUCAGAUGAAUCUAUACAGCUGAUGCAUACCAAAAAUUACCACUGACCUUGUGUUCCUUACGGCAGAACAUUCAUCUGUUGGCUUCGCUUAUUUAGAUAUAUCACGUUGUUAUUCAAAAAGCGCGAUAGGCCGGAAGCGAUUAUUGUAGACCAUUUGCUAGAUCAAUAGUCGCCAGCAGGCGAUUUAGCAGGCGAUAUUAUAUUUACAUAUCAUUAUGUUCCACAGAGCAAAUAAACCAAUGUGAAAGAAAGACGGCAAUAAUUUCUGAUAAUAGCGAAUGAAUUAAGGUUAUGCACUUUUACGUAUGUCCGCCUCUGUCUACAUUUUUACUGUCUAAUAUAUUUAGUAUUAAGAUGGUAACUAAAUAGCCAUAGUUUAUUCCUUAAAUAAAAUUUAACUAGAUGUGCAGAAGCAAACUUAAAAAAAUAUUGUCAAAUAUUGUCAAAUAGGAAGCCCUUUAAAAUACUUAAUACAAUUCCGUAAAAGUAAUGUGCAUAUAGAAAAAAAAUGAAAUAAGAUGCCAGCAUGACUCCACUCACAUCGCAUAUGGGGGUAUGUCACAAUAAUGAUGAGGCUGACAUUGUUACAUUUUUUUUAUUUUCUUCUUAAAGAAGAUGUUCUGCACGUUUGCAUCGAAAUAUAUUCUACAAUGUAGAAAUUGAUUAAACUUCAGAAAAUUUGGUGAAAGAAAAUAUAUGGGUCCGUGAGCUUAUGUUUGAGAUAUUUGACCAUGAUUAAAGUGAACCGAAUAUUUCACGCUAAUUUUAAGACAUUUUUUAAUUAUUUAACGUGUCAUAUGUUUUAAUAUCAUAUUAUGACUUUGGAAGUAACAGUGCUAUUCUAAUAAAUUCACUCACAAGGUGUGAUUAAUUCAUAGAAUGAUUUUCAUUUCCGUACGCCGAAUCUAGGCUUUAUUCCACGUUUUCCGGAUUAAUGACGUUACGCCAUCACUUCCAGUUUAUCAAACGUUCAGAACUACUUUAAAUAGAAGAAUAAGUUUGUCAAAAAUAAAUAUGAUUUUAAAGACACAGUUUAGCAGUCUUCAAUGCCUUUUACAAUGAUAUUUUAGUGAUCCUUCUAUAUUCGAAGCUGCAUAAUAGUAGUCAAGUCAGAAAAUAAAAUCGCGUCUGUCUGCUUUAUUUGAAGCUACACAAUAGUAACAGCUUGGCAAAAUUUGUACUGACAUUUGAAUGACUUUGGAAAUAUAAUUACAAUGCACCACGGUAUUGUUACAUUUAUGUAUAGGCACAAGGUACCAAAUAGUUUGAGGUCCCCAUCAUUUGGUACGAUUGAAGAGAUAUUUUUUAGGUUUUUAAUACAUGUUGAUAGAAAAAGGGAGGCGUUUGUUUCAGUGAAUGAUUGAAAUAUCUUUCACGAGUGGAUAUCAGUUGCAUAGCCACGAAUAUAAAUGUAAGAUAUGGUAUUCGAGAGUGAAAGCUAUGUUGAUCUUACAUGUAAAACAAACAAAAUUUCUUUUUGUUUCAUGUUUUAACUAAAUCAACCCAUAUAUUUGAGUUUUUAUUGUGAAAAUACCAGAUAUAUUUCGGUCUAAUAUUUCGAUAAGUCACUGCUAGAUGUGUAAUAAUUGCACAUAAUUGUCUAUAUUCGAGAACAUAUAAAACAAGUAUGUAGUGGUAGUGGUUUGGAAUAUAUACCCCCAAUUGUUAUUUCGGACAAUUUUAAACUUCAUGAAAACUGAUGUAUUGGGGUCAUGAUUCUUUUAAAACAAUAAUGGAAAUAUCAUAGAUAAUAGCACAGUAUUGAAAAUAAAAGCGUUGAUUUAGAAAUGUAGUUUUAUUUGCCAGUCACGAUAGUGCCGUUAUUCAUGACAUCAUAAAAGUCCACUCGCAUACUCUAAAAGAGGUACAUUGGAUCUUUUAUUGUUAAUCUCUAUUUUCGUUUCGUAUAUAUCGCCUUGUAGAACAAUUAUUUUCGAGUUGCACUUAAUUUCGAUAUACACUAACACUCUUAAAUACACUGAACCGCUUUAAAAACGCAAAACUUCCAGAGCUCCAAAUAACUUACUUUCGAUUAAACGUUUCUAUGAACUUUGCAUCAUAUAUGGCCCAUAUUUGACAAAAAAACUUUCUAUUUGCAAAACGAAACUACAAUGACAGUCACAGUAUGACAAAAUAAUUAUUGUUACUUUGAAAUUUCUACUUGUGUUAUAAAAUUAUGUGCCUUGCGAUGGAAAGCCAAUAAUAUCCUUAUCUACACAUUUAUAGAAAGACUGUUUACAGGUCCGACUGUUAAUAUAGUAAGAAUUUUCAUGAUUAUUAUUAUUACCUCACAUAUUGCAUCAAAUUUAUCACAGACCAGCAAUCGUGAUAAAAGCCUUUCGUUAUUUACACCGUUUUCUUGUAUGAACGAUUUCAAAAUUAAACAUUAGAAAUCAUACAAAAGAGGUUUUUUAUUUUGUUAUCAAGAAUAUUCAAAAUAUUUUAGCGGAAUAUAAAAGUGUGUUAUCUUUUUAAAGCGGUUCAGUACACUUCAAAACGCGAUCGUAAAAAUUAAACUUUACAGUCUUGUCUCUGGUUCGGAAAUGCUGAUCAUCAUAGGGAGGUUCUGUGUCAUGUAAAUGUUAUUUUUACCAUAAACCCAUUAAACGUUAACCUUUGAUAUUCUGAAUAUUUACAAGAGUAUGUACGCCAGCCACUGGUACAUUACCUACUAAUGUUUGCUUACUAAUUACUCGGGUAUUCUUAAAUUUCCGAUAUAUAUCUUGUAAACGUAUUUUAAUUAACUUUUUUGGAACAGUAAUUAUCAUUAAUUUAUCUUGAAAUAAUCAAAAUAUGAAUAUGUUAGAGAUAUCUUUUUUAAUUUUAAUAAUGAUUUUGGCAAUUGUAAUGGUGUUUUCCAGUGUAAAUUAACACAAUUGCGAACCGUAGAAUUUCGAGCAAAUGCAAUGUUGUUUCAAUUUGCCGCUUGACUCGCAUGAAGUCUCUGCCCUGUUAAUUUUUCAAUAGUCAGAUAUUUUCAUACAAAAUUCAGGUUUCGACAUCAUUUAAUAUUAAGUUGAGCAGUGUUUGGUGUAGGUUAUACUGCCAUCUCCCUGUUUGUUUUUAUAUCAACACUUGUUAAAAUGUGUCAUGCAAGGUUACAGCGAAGAAAUAAUGCUGUCGACUAGAAAUAUCAACCCGAAAUAAUGCGUUUGAAAGCCAGGUUAGGUGCGUGAUAAAUUACACUCGUGAAAUUUUGAAUGCCUACAAUAUGUAUAAAUUACAAACCAUAAACGACGCAUUUUUGUAAUAUAUCGACCGUAGGUGCAAAACAACCUAUUACUUGCCAUUGAAAAUAAAACUAUUUUCUUUUUACAUAUACAGAUAAAAUAACAUGUAAAUAUAGUUGUUUUGAAUGCGGUUUUUACAUUAUUGUUAAAAAUGAUAUCAUUAUGGUGGUGGUGUCCUGAAUGAAACUUAAUAAAAAAUAUCAAUAAAUAUAUAAAGAUAUGAAAGAAAUGAUGAUUUUGAAUUGUGGGUUCGUUUGCGUAAUAUUGACAAGACCCGGUAUUGAAUUAAUCAUGUUUAUGACAAUUCAGACCGUGAACUCACCGUAAAUGGAAAAUUUGCGUUUUUACUGAAUUGUAAUAGAUUUUUUUCUAAAUAUUUAGUUCUCACACUUGAUAAUAAUGAAAAUAAUUUUAUGAUUGCUUUUUUGUGUGUUGGAAUAUUUUUCAUUUGUUGAAAACUUUUCUUAUAACAAAUCGCUAAGAUUGAUAGCGAAAAUCCAAGUUGCUUUUAAACACUCUAUUCUAGAUAUCUGAUACAUUUAUACCUUUCUGAACAUAGAUAGAGACCUUUAAAGUGAAGUAAUAAUUCAUUCGUAAGUGCGUGAACACAGUCUUGAAUUUGAAAAGAUUCGUAAGUAUUAACAGAGAUAGUACCUUUGUUAUAAAUUUGUAAAAUGUCCAAUAGGAAUUAUGCUUUCUUACAUUUUCAUUGCUGGGUGCAUCCGAAUUCCACAUUUAAAUGAAAUCGAAUGUCUUUUUAUUUUUAUAGCACUUUUUGAGGGAAAAUCAAAUAAUCAGAAUGUUUCGUAAAUAUUUGUUUUUGCUUCUGAAAAUUAGGUUGAAGAAGUUAAGAAUUUGUUAUACUUUCCUUGUCUGGGGAAGUAUUUAUCUGCUGCUUGUUGAAUGCAAUGUUGUAGACAUAGUACUAGAGAUCAAUGACACAACCUGCAUUAACCUGUACAUCUAUAAGACAACAAAUAAGAAAUGAAGUAACUGUAUGGUUAAAAACUUAGUCAUAUGUCAUUUCAAAUUUCAUGGUAAAUGCCACUGGCACCAGAUCAGAAAGAAAAUGCCUCCGUACGUGUUACACCCUACCCC